AUGAGGCAGCUCAAUGAGGACUGCAGCAAGACAGAGCCAUGCGACCACAUCAAGGGACUGGAAUGCAACUUUGGGGCUGGUUAUGGCACAGCUAAAGGCAUCUGUCGAGCCAAAUCAGAUGGAAGACCCUGUGAGUACAACAGCAAGAUCUACCAGAAUGGAGAGAGCUUCACUGCCAACUGCAAGCACCAGUGUACAUGCAUGGAUGGUGCCUUGGGGUGUGUGUCCCUGUGCCCCCAGCAGCUCUCCCUGCCAAAAAUGGACUGUGCCAUAUCCAAGCUGGUCAAAGUGCCCGGUCACUGCUUUGAGGAGCUGGUCUGCCUUGAGGAGAAGGGGAAAGCCUCAGUGGACAAGAAGGUCAGCAAAGAUGGCCGCAAGGAUAAGCAUUCUGAUGAUGACUUCACAAAGAGAAACGAGCUGGUGUCUUUCAUCAGAGGAGGACUCAAGUCUUUAGCUGCUUUCAGGAGUAAGCCUGAGAGUCGCUUGAUGUCCAAGGGGAACAGGAGGUGUGUGGCUCAGACCACAGCCUGGUCCCCCUGCUCCAAGUCCUGUGGUACAGGAGUUUCCUCCAGGGUCUCCAACAACAACAGCCAGUGCAAGCUGGUGAAGGUGACUCGUCUCUGUGAGGUCCGCCCAUGCUCCCAGUCAUCCUACUCAUUCCUGAAGAAGGGUAAGAAGUGUAGUGGCAUUGCGAAGGCCAGCCGUCCAGUGACGCUGACCUAUGCAGGCUGCAGCAGCGUGAAGAAGUUCCACUCCAGGUACUGUGGUUCUUGCCUGGACGGGCGCUGCUGCACCCCUCAGCAGACCAAGACUGUGGCCGUUCGCUUCCGCUGUGAGGACGGAGACACUUUCAGCAAAGACGUCAUGGUCAUAGAGUCCUGUUCAUGUGACUUUAGCUGUUCCCAUAACAACGAGAAGCUCUCUGGGCUCUCCAAUGAUAUUCGCGAAUCCAGAGUCUGAGGGGAAGGUUUAGGGUUCCACACCCUGUAUGUAAACUAGGAUUACAAAGGGGUGAGAUGACGGGGAGUAAGGAUAACUCCAUAUGUGCACUGCUAUGCUGGAGACAUUUAUUUUGAGGAUUUUAAAAAAUGAUUUGCUUCGUAAUAUUGGAGUUAUUGGCUGCUUCGAUAUGGAGCGUUUUAUGUUGUAAUAUUUCUGUUCAAUGACAACUUGUUUUGUAUGCAUGGCUAUCUUUUUGUGUUUAUUUGUAAAUAUGAAAACAUCUGCUUCGUGGCAGCUACUAGAAUGAUUUAAUCACGAGUAGAUUUGUCAAACAAGUGCCAUUGCGUUUAAUACCACAACAUUAUUUGUAUUUAUUUCUAAAAUCUUGACGUUUUCUUAAGAUAUGAUAGGCCAUAUUGGAAAAUCAUGUUUUCGACCAUUUGUUUUUUAAUGUUAUUUAUAAAAUGUAUGUAUUUAUGGAACCUGAUGCUCUGUUGUGAAUGACUAGAUAUCACAGUAUGGACAGUUGAUAUUUAACCUAGUUUUAUUGACAUUGCUUUCUCUAGUUUAAUCUAUCCUCCGCCCAUAGUUAUUUUAGAGUAAGGGAUACCUGCUGUGUUUCUGGCUGACCCACUUCUGAGGGGAUCUAGAGUUGAA